CAGAAACUCCUCUCAAACACACAGCUCUCAACUCAAAGCCUGACACCAUGGCCUGCUGUGCUACUAGCUUCUGUGGCUUUCCCACUUGCUCCACAGGUGGCACCUGUGGCUCCAGCUGUUGUCAGCCCAGCUGUUGUGAGACCAGCUGCUGCCAGCCAAGCUGCUGCCAGCCUAGCUGCUGUGGCAUUGGCAGUGGCCAGGAGGGUGGCAGUGGAUCCCUGAGCUGCCGAGUUAGGUGGUGCCGCCCUGACUGCCGCGUGGAGAGCACCUGCCUGCCCCCCUGCUGUGUGGUGAGCAGCACACCCCCAACCUGCUGCCAGCUACACCAUGCCCAGGCCUCCUGCUGCCGUCCAUCCUACUGUGGACAGUCCUGCUGCCGCCCAGCCUGCUGCUGCUACUGCUGCCCACCCAGCUGCUCUGAGCCCAGCUGUUGAAAGCCUUCUGGCAAGCAUUUUAAGAAGACAACACUUCAAAACAAACCAACUGGAACCCUGAAAAAAAAAUCUUCUAAAUUUCAAUAUUGAUAACUUAGCUAUUGCCAGGGCUACAUAAAUUCCCAGGAGGUAAAUUCAUUUGGGGUGGAAGAGCCAGCGUCUGUGUUAGCUUGAACACUGACAAAAGGCCCACAGUGUGAAGAGGGAUGUAUCAUUCAUGACUAUAAAUAUUACCAGAACUACUUCAAUAGCCAAUUGGGAUUUGUAUUUAAUAAAACGUAUUUGGUCUCUU